GUUGUUUUAGUCCUCACAAAAUGGCGGCCAGGCAGCUCGUGCUUAUAUCUGUUCUCAUAUUAUUUGGAUGCAGACUUGCAACAUGCACCUGCAACAACAUGACAUCGUUCUCAACGCAGCUGGAUACAUUGCUCGCGGAAUAUGACCGUGAAAUAUUACCGUCAACUCCUGUCUAUGUGCGAGCAGCGUUGAACGUGCGACACGCCUCUAUCUACGACAGCAGCGCAACUUUGCGGUUGCUUGCGGAUUUACGUCUAAGCUGGGAAGACAAACGCGUAUCAUGGAACGCCUCAGACUGGGGGUGUGACACGGCGUUAACGUCGGCAGACCGGUUGUGGGUGCCGGACAUCAGUAUCCUAAGCACCGCCACGCUUGGACCAGAGAUGGACACAGGCUUACGAGCCAUGCUCUCCAGUAACGGCCAAAUCUCUUGGUUGGCCCACCUCGACAUUAAGGCUCCAAUCAACUUGCAGCUUCUGGAGUGGCCCACGGACCAGCAACAGGCAGUGUUCACGUUUGGUUCGCGAUCGCAUUCUUCAGAUGAAAUAAAUAUAACGAUAAGUGAAUUUCAGCACGCAACAGUGUUUGAGUCUGGAUCUUGGGAGCUACUUAAGCUGCGCGGCAUGGUGAGCACGUGGAACGGGGCGGGUACCGACCAGGGCGUGGUGCAGUGGACGGUGACGUUGCGGCGGCGGGCGGCGGCGCAUGCGCUGGCCGUCAGCACCGUGAUGGUAACGGCUACUGUGCUGCUGGUGGCCGCGGCGAUGCUGCCCCCAGCUACGAGGCCACCUUUGUGUGCUGCUGCUGCGGUUAUUGCCUCAUUGUGGUUAAUAUCAGCGCUGGUCCGUGUGCCAGGCGCGUCGAGCGCGCCGCUAGCGAUGUCGCUGAUGUGCGUGGUGAGCGGCGCGAGCGCGGCGGCGGCGGCGUGCGGCGCGCUCGUGCUGCGCGUGGCGGCCUGCGCGCGCCCGCCGCCGCACCUGCUGCGCUCGCUCGUCACUACCGUCUCCACGAUUGUUAAACUUUCACCUCCGGAGGGCUCUGCAGUGGAAUGCAGCGCGUGGGCGGCGGCGGCGCAGCUCCUCGACUACGUGCUGCUCACGCUGCUGCUGUUCACCGUCUUCGUUGUUCUUUGUAUUUACCUCUAAUUGUCCAGACAAACUUAACGUCAAGACUUUACCAGCACUUUCUAUUGAGUGAAUAUAUUGUAACUUUUUAAUUAUGUGUGUGUGAGUGUGCGUGUAAAUAUAAGUAGUAAAAUGCUUGUUCUCUUUUAAUUUC